AUGAGCGACGACGCUGCAAUGCCUCCACCCCCGCCGCCGGCUAACUUGGCUACAAACGACGCGGAUACAGCCCAAGAUCAGCAGGAAGUUGGGCAUGCAGGAAGUCCUGCGGGGAGUUCGAUUUUACCGAAGCGAGAGAAUGGGGCCGGACCUCGCGAAUCCUCGGGCAAUGGACGUGCUCCAUCCAAAAAGCAGAAGAGAGGCUCCGUUUCAGGAGGUGCUGCCAGCUGCACAAAUGGCAAGGACAACAAGGCUGAUGCAAGCACUGGAGAUGGGAGUGCGCCAGCUGGGCCACCUUACAUCUGCCCCACCUGCUCCACAAGCUACUCGCGCUUGGAGUACCUCAGGAGGCAUGAGCGAAGACGUGAGUGGUACAGCAGGCGGGCACACCCUGCGAAGUGGUGCGCGGAUUGGCCCAGCAUCACGCUAAGUACUUCGCAUUUGGCCUCCAUGUCGUCGGUAUGUGACGUCAGAUGCCGACGAGCGACCUUUCGUGUGUGAUUGUGGAAAGGGCUUCUCAAGGAGGUGAGACAGGCUCCCUCGCUGUGCGGCCAUCGACUAGCGACGUGCUCACACAGUCUUCCCGUGACGCCAUCGAUGCUGUUACAGUGAUGUGCUGUCUCGCCACAAACGUCAGUGUCCUGUGGCACUUGGUCACGCUCCACCAGAAGAUCCAGCCACCGCUGGAACUUCGAAGCAGACGAAGCCCAGGCGCUCGAACAAGAAAGCAGCUGCGAAUACCACGUCAGCUUCUUCGGUUGAGGCGCCGGCAAAGCGCGAGAGUGACGAUCAACAACCUCCAGGCUUGACUCAGGAGAUGUCCAUCGCCGCACACUACGACGCGGAUGCUUCCGCUGCUGCUGGAGCUGCUGCAAUCGCGGCAGCUGCAGCAGCGGCUCACGCUGCCUUGGGUGGACCUCAACCCAACAGCUUCCCCUUCUCAGGACCAUCUCAGCAGCCUAGUCUCCUUCCGCCACCCGUACCCUACGGCGCAGAACAAAUAUACGAGCCGCGUGGCUAUCCGUCAGGUGCUGUCAGCGAAGUUGGCGGCCCCUUGCACUCGCAGGUCUCGGCCCUGAAUCCUUCGCAUUCGCAGCUGUACCCACAAAGCCCCGAUUCCAACCACGGCGGCUUGGGUAGCCAAAUGUCAUCCCCUCGCUUUGCAUCACGCGACAUGAUACGGCACGGAAGUGGAAGCGGGUCGCGAUUUGGUCUCCGCAAACCUUCCGCGUCGCUCGAUGUCUUUGGUAGGUCCACGAACAGCGCUAACGCGUACAGCGGAGAUUUCUGGGACGCCAUCGAGGCGGCAAGCAAAGGCGAGGGAAGGUCUAGCCGUUCCAACACGCCAAGCCGGACGAGAACACUUCCGCCAAGCAGCUUGCCAAACUCCAAUUCGACAAGCAUGCAUGCCAGCGGCGCAUUUCCCUUCUCAAUGCCUGGCAACGAAUUCGCGCAAGCGCCCCAGAGCGCAUCGGCCAUGAGCGUCGGAUCCCGUGCACCAGCACCGAAUCUUGCGACUUUGGGCAUCGACGGAGGCCCGCCUCCACCUGCGCCUGCUCCAGGAAUUAAAGAAGGGCAGCGGUUCGGCGUCAAUGGGCCUCUCAGUCCCUUUGGCUCCAUCGCGCUUUCGAGCGGAAUGAGCCCAUACCUGUCCGCCUUCUCGAAUGCUCGAGACACGCCACACAUGUCGUCACCCAGCAGGGGAGGACCGGGCACUCCUGGAGGUAGCGCCAACAUCUUCGAAUGGACAAUGCGUCCGCCCGCAAAACCCUCAAGUUCCCGUCGAGACAGCUCCAGCACUCCUUCUGGUAACGCAAAGAGGAAGCGGGAAGACGGCGAGACAGAAGAUCCUAGAGCAGCGUCAUCCAACCUCUCCGGUGCUGCAUCCGUUGAUGAGUCUUCUUUGGAAGCGGAUGCAGCACAACUUUUGGAGACGCUGCGUACUCUUAGAAGCGGUGGUGCUGCGUCGACGACCAGCACCAAUAACGAUGAUGCGGAUGCGCAGCGCAAAGCUCCGGGCCCUUCAGGUGCUAUAACACACACAAGUGCCGGUGGUGUUCCGACUAUUGCGGAGCCGCCUGUCGCACCUUCGUCUUCUGGCGUCUCUCAUGAUUCCGCCCUCCCUCACGCGCCUCAUGAGUCAGAGACGAGGAGUUACGGCCCUGAAGCGUUCCUCCUUCGACUGCAAGGCGGAGCUCAGGAAGCUCGCGCAGGCUUGCUCGGACCAGACUCGGCCUAUUCGAGGGGCAUGCUUGGCACUCCGAUGGCGAGCACUGCGGGCGCCACGCACCCUUCGGCGGUCGUGACGCAGUCUCCGGGCACCCAGUCACUCUGGGAGAGCCUCGGCUUGAAUGCCGUGUCGAGCACACCGAUGAGCGCAAGCGCGAGCGCUGGUGGCAGCAACCUCGGUUGGCUAAUGUCACCAAGCAUCCAGCAGCUCAUCAGCACCUUCGCAGGCACGCCGACCCCGGGAGACGGAGGCAGCUACUUCUCGGGCGCUAACAUCGAGCCGUCGUCGCAUGAGUAUGAGGAUCCGCCCAUCGAAUCGAUUGAGCCUUGGCCAGAAAAUGCAGGAGAACGAAAGAAGGAUGCGGAAGCAUCCGCUGUGCAGCGCACAGACUCUCAACAAGCAGCGGCAAGACGAGCGAAUCCGACUACUAUGGCGCUCGAGAGGGUGUUUGCAGACAUCAGCAAUCCCUUCUACAUCCCCCCAGAUCUGUUCCGAGCGUGUUACGCUAUCACGCACUGGCAGCUCCCUUCCCUGACGCGUUUGAGCAUGCUAGCGCUACAGUGAGUGAUGCACGGUCUUGUCAAACGACUUUGGAGCUUUGGCUCAUUGUCGAGUGUCUCGUUUUGGAAACCAGCUCUCAACAAAAUCUGCUCAAGCACUUUCCUAUCGUGCACGAGCCCACUUUCCGCCUCGACACCACUCCAGGAUGCCUCGCUUUCACGCUCUCGAUGCUCGGAUGUCACGAAGCAGGAAGAAGGUGGUGGGCCGGAGAAGAGGUCGUGCAGCGUGUAGGAAAGCCUUGGCUGUCAGCACAGAACGCUGAUGCUUGGCAGUCGCAGGGAAAGCCUCUCGUCGAUGAGGAAGAUGGCCAAGAGCUUGUCAAGGCAGUUGUGAUGCGGGAGAAGACUGACAUGUUGGCGCGCAACUUUGCAGCUCGCGCAAAGACCGAGAAAGAUAGGGUCUCUGUCGUACAGUCAUUGAUGCUGUACCACGCCAACAACUUUUUGUCGCCGGAUCUCAGUGUGCGGUGCUCUGGAGCUCAAUCGCACGACGCGGUGGUCAGUCUCGCUCGAGAUGCGGGUCUGUUCGACCCAGAAGCCUCUCACGCAAAGAGAGAAGUCCGGUACAGCGGAGACGACGUGGUUCGCACGACGCUAGGCGAAGCGUCGGAUCUGGCCUUCAGCUACUCUUUCCUGCCCACUUAUCUUCCAAGUUGUACAGAUGAGGAGAAGGUCUGGCGACGGUGGUCCGAGCUCGCGGGCCGACGCCGCACCGCGUUCCUUCUACUCGUCCUCGACACGGUCGCCAGUCUCGACACGAGUCAGUCGUUCGCUUUGAAGCUCGAAGAACUCGGACACCUUCCGCUGCCAAGCCCAGACACGCUGUGGCGCGCUCCAAACGCCGACGCGUGGAGGCGUGCCCUCAAUGCGUAUCGGGGACCAACAUUCGACGAAUCCAUGUUUGACAUCUUGUCGGGCGAUGGCGAGGAGGGUGUAAGCCCUGGCAAAACCCAUCCUUCCGUCUUUGGCCCUCACGGGCCUUUUGCCCGCCUCGUAAUCGUGAGCACGCUCCUGCGGGGUGUGCUACAUCUGCUCGAAGGGCGCACCCUCAAGGUGUCCACCCCAUCGCCGUUGGAACGCUGGAUGCAAGGAACUGAGCGCAAGACAGUGCUCACUGGAGGCCGGGGCGGAAUGGAUGCUCAGGUUGAGAUUUUCAAGCGUGGUGAGUUUGUGAUGCGAGAGGAACCUGGCGCCGUACUCCUCUCACAGUCUUUCUUGCUUUACUGUCUUACAGCACUUGCAAGGUGGCGGAAGGCUUGGGACAUGGACGAUCUUUGUCUGUGCGCUUCUGGGCCAGCAGGCCGAGCCAAGGCUGGUCAUGCUCCGGAUGCCCGAAGACCAUUUGGCGAGAACGUCAUAUUUACAGCGCAAACUGCGUCGGGGGCUACACCACUUUGCGACGACGCCUUGCCGUUCUAUUGGCUUGCGCAUGUGCUGCUGGGUCACGUCUCUAGCCCGACGACGGCGCUGCCACGCCGUUCGCCUUCGCCGUCGCUUGCAGAUCAAAAUCAUCGCGGCAAUCCUGCAGAGGGCCUCGACGCAGACGACUCUGGUGGUCAGCCGAGCAAAGGCAGCCCGGACUUCCGUUCGAUGCUCAGGUUUGCGAAAGCGUGAGUGCAGGAAGGUUUUGCCAGCAUACUCUGUUGGUUAGCAUUGUGCUGAUGGGAUUCUUCGGUACUUUCCUGCUCGCAGUUUUGUGCAACAGGGUGAAGGCGCUUCGACCACUUCCAGCGAAACCGAGGCAGAGCAAGCGAUUCGUAGCGCGGCGUAG